GGCACGGAUUUCAAAGCGGGCCAAACCAAAUUCAAGACAGCGGCGGUGGAGUACAUUCGAACCAUGGGACUCAAACCGAAAGUGAUUGCCUCCUCUAACCAUCUUGGCAACAAUGAUAUGCGCAAUUUGUCUACCGCCAAGACGGCGGCCAGCGCCAAACUUCGAGUCAAACACGAUAUCUUUUCAGCCUGGCAAGAAGACGACCUGGACCACAAAGUAAGCAUUAUGUUUACGGAAUUUAUCAACGACGAAAAGCGAGACUUUGUCGAGUACACCAGCCUCGGAUUUUUGGGACAAACGCAUACCAUGGUGACGUACACCAGGGCGUCCGAUUCCGUUUUGUGUGUGCCGCUCAUGUUGGAU